CUUUGUUUGGAAAUAUGUUAAUGGAGUUUGGCUUUGUUUUCUACAACAAGAGCAAGCAGUGGAAACCCUCUACCCUCUAAAUGCAUCGUUUCAUUCAAAAUUCUAAACUCCAUCAAUGGUGUCUCUUCAACCCUGUUAAAUACCAACGCCCUUCCACUAAUCCCUUCUUCUUCUUCUCUUCUUAAAGAACCAAGUUAGCUUUCUUUUCUUCUUCUUUUUCUUUUUAAUUUUAAUAAUUAGAACAAUGGCUUCUUCGUCCUCGUCUCUGCAAGAUACUAAUACAAAUUACACUAUAACACAAGAAGAAUUCAACCUGUUUCACACGAUCGACCGAAGCCUUUUUAGUCGAAUGGUUUUUUCCCUGGGUCGGGAGCCGGAGGAGUCGGUUCGAGUGAUGGGAUUUUGGCUUUGGCUUGAGAAAUAUGGUGAAGAGUCGAAUUUGGUUCAUAAAAUGUUGGGUCUGCCCGACGUUUUGGUUGAUGCACUUUGUGAUGAAGCCGUCAUAUCCUUGGCUUGUAUACAAAACGACAAAUUUCCAUUUGAACCGGAUUCGACCCUGGACAUUCCUCUCAUUCAACACGUUUCUAAAACUCCGGUUUCUCUCCGGUUCGUCCACCACAACCGGCUCGAAAUCCUCCCUGGCGUUGCCAAGAUGUGUAACGAUAUCUGCCGUAGAGCCUUUCUUGAUAUUCUCCAAACGCUUCAUACACGGCGCGCGAUAUCACGCGCCCCCGCCGCCGUAUCCAUUCCGGCAGUUCAAGGCGAAGGGGGUGGCCGUGGAAGGGUCUUUGAGGGGGCUCCUCCGGUGACUAAUUUUUUUGUACCCAGUUUUGGGUUUUUAGGCCUGGGGGGAGAGUGUUCGACGGCGGCGAUUCGGAGUGGAAUGAGUAGCUUGGAGUUGAAAAGUGGGAAAGAAGAACAAGAAGGGGAAGUGGUUCCGGCGGAUCAAAGGACCAUUUUUCUGACUUUCUCGAAGGGAUACCCAAUUUCUGAAGAUGAAGUUAGAGACUAUUUUGGCAGAAGAUAUGGGAAUUUCAUAGAGAGCAUUCACAUGCAAGAGGCACACCCACCCGAGCAACCGUUGUACGCCCGGCUGGUGGUGAAAACAGAGUCCUCCAUUGACCUCGUCCUUGAAGCAAGAACCAAGGCUAAGUUUUCCAUCAAUGGAAAACACGUCUGGGCUCGAAAAUAUGUUCGUAAAACUCCAAUCAGGUCCUCUCCCAGACCACCUCCCCACCGCCAUCUCCGUCACUUAGUCUAGCUCAAUAUGUUCGUAGAACUCCAAUCAGAUCCUCUCUCAGACCUUCUCCAACGCCAAUCUGCUCCCUGAUCAACCAACUCAACUCGCUUUUGUUCUCAUUACUACAUUUUGUACAAACAAGUAAUCAUCCUAUGCUCUCUGUAUCAAACCAUAGUGCAUAAAGUCUUAGAACUUUCGUUUCUGUUUUUUCGUUCUUCUUUUCUGGAUAUAAAGUUUAUGUACUUAAGGAAUAAGUAAAGUCUAUGAAAUUGGAAAAUUGUGCGUA